AUGAAAUUGUUCAUCGCUUUAUCCGCACUUUUGGCUGUUGCUGCUGCAGUAGGAGAUUACCAUGUAGAGCCCAAGCACAUCCCAAUCAUUCACAGUGAACUGCUGCAAAGUAGUGACGGUCAGUUCAAGUAUGGUUAUGAAUCGGCCAAUGGAAUCGUUGUGCAAGAGGAGGGUCAUGUCAAGAAUGCCGGCACCAAGGAUCACGAGGUAAACGUUGCCCACGGAUCGUACUCGUACGUCGACCCGCAUGGUGUUCCCGUUUCGGUGAGCUACGUUGCCGAUGAAAAUGGAUUCCAGGCGCACGGAUCCCAUCUGCCAACUCCUCCGCCACUACCGAAGGAACUGAUCGAGGCAUACGCCAAGGUCGGUAGCCACCCGGAACAGCACCACGAAGAACCGGAAGUGUACAAGGGUCACUAG